AUGUUAAAAAUAAAUAUUCUAUUGAAAGGUAGUGUGAGAAGACUUAACACUCAAUGGUAUUACGCAACAGAUAUACCGUGUACGAAGCCAUACGAGCCUAAUUAUGAACCACCAUCCGGGCCUCAGAAGUUUGACAAGUUAUCAAAGCAGGAUUCUGGUGAAUUAGAAAAAAGGUACAGGGCUCGUUUGUCGAAGAUAACUUCCAAAGGGGAAAGUAAAUCUGCGAGUAUUCAAGUUGGAGAAGAUAACCUAUAUACUGUGAAUCUUGAUACAUUUACUAUCAAACCGACUUAUUGGCAUGGGCCCACGUAUGAGGUACGAAGAGGAUUAUGGUUUAAUUCUAAUGGAACUCCCUUGGCACCUCAUCUUUGUUCCGAAUUGGAAACUUUGUCAGUUAAUAAAGAUGAAGUUCAGAAAUUACAAGGCACUUAUAAUGAAGGUAAGUAUGUACUAUUUAGCGACGAAAACAGUAAUGCAGGGUUUAUUCUUAAAAAUUUAGAUGGUGGAAAAUUAUUUCUUAAUUAUUUGAAGUCAGGACUAGGUUCAUAUAUCCCUAUAAAUGGUAUUGCCGUUUAUAGAGGAGAAAAGAAGCCUGUUGGCUUAAAAAAUAUUGAUAAAAUAUUAGUCACAUCAUUGAGUACAGAUAAUAGUGUGCAUGAUCAUGAUCAUAAACGUAUGGAAGAAACGACAAAAGAAGAACCUUCCGUGUUAUCCAAUUUAACUAAUUGGGAUUUGUUUGAAAACAUACCAGCUAUAUUUAGCACCACUGGAUCAGACAAGAAUUCGUCUAAUCUUAAUAUAGACAAAGAUUACAUGAAGCAAGUUCGAUUAAAUGGGAACCCAACAAACAGGAAGAGAAAAAUUAAAGAUCUGGUAUUAUGUGUUCAUGGGAUUGGUCAAACAUUAGGUAAAAAAUAUGAAUAUGUUAAUUUUGCUCAUACCGUUAACUUGUUGAGGUCAAAUAUCAAGACAUUGUAUUCGGAGUCAGAUCAAUUGAAAGAGCUAAAUAAAGAAAAGGGGAACAUUGAUUGGGAGACUAACCCAGGUAUUCAGGUCCUUCCAAUAACAUGGAGACAUUCGAUUAAAUUUAAGACAGAUCCAAUAGAAGAUGAUAUAGCUAAUCCUGAAAUACCAGCGUUAGCAGAUAUUACAGUUUCAGGAAUUCUUCCUUUACGAAAAUUAAUGGGAGAUGUUGCACUUGAUGUUUUGUUGUAUGGCGAAACAUACUACAAGAAACUUAUCCUGGACACUGUAAUGAAAGAAUUAAAUGAUACAUAUACUCUAUUUAUGAAAAAGAACCCAGAUUUUAAUGGGAGGGUACACUUGAUAGGGCAUUCAUUAGGAAGUCUUAUUUUGUUUGACAUGAUUUCUCAACAUAGGCAUUAUAAAUUGAAAUUUAAUGUAUCACAUUUCUUUGGGAUAGGGUCACCUGUUGGCUUACUCAAGCUUGUUGAAAGAACAAAAAUUGGUCCUAAGAAGGGUCCUAAACCACAAUCUACCUUGAGAGUAAAUAGACCUAACUGUGAGGAGUUUUACAAUUUAUACCACACCUGCGAUCCUGUCGCAUAUAGAAUUGAACCUUUAAUCGAUACUAAACUAUCACAAUUUGAACAAGCAUAUUUACCACAUUGGUCAGAAUUGGAUGGGUUCACUACUAAAAUGAUUGAAAUGAGUGGGAACCUUUGGGAUGGCUUACCCACGGGAAAACAAUUUCCAGGUAUGAACACCAUUGCAGAAAAUGAUAAUGAAGUAGAAAAAAUUUCCAAAAAAAAUAAAGAGGUAAGAGUCACUGGUGAGCUCUUGAAUGUGUUAACUUCUCUGAACCACAGCGGAAGGAUAGAUUAUGCACUUAAACCGAACCUUUUAGAGGUAGAUGUAAUAUCUGCUCUAAAAUCCCACGUAUCGUAUUUUGAAGAAACCGAUAUUGCAGGAUUUGUUAUGUUGGAACUACUUAAGAACCAUCAAAGGGCUGAAGAACUUGUUAUGAAAAAGGUUUGA